AUGGGGAGAGGAACUUCUUAUGAAGUAACUUCAACAUUAGGAGUAGGACUGUUGAAAUGGUGCGACAACAAAGCAAUAACCAUGGCAUCUAACUUCAUUACUUCAGGAAAACCGGAAUCUGUUUCUCGCUGGGACAAAAAAAAUAAACAAUAUAUUAAUAUCGAAAGACCAGAAAUUAUCAAACUAUAUAAUAAAUCUAUGUUGGGAGUGGACAAACACGAUCAACUUGUGAGUUAUUAUCGCGUGUAUAUGAAAUCUCGAAAAUGGACGCUGCGUAUGAUAACUCAUGCUUUUGAUAUGGCUGUGGCAAAUUCUUGGCUCGAAUACAAACAGGACGCAGAAAAUAUGGGAAUACCAAAAAAAGAUCAAAAAGAUUUGUUGCAUUUUAAAACCACUUUGGCUGAAGAGCUAGUGAUGGUUGGACGAUUCAGCCCCGGAAAAAAAAGGGGUCGUCCAACAUCUUCACCAUCCAGUAGUACAAGAUCUGCAGAAUGUCGUUCACCUACACCCGCCAAAACAUCGUCAAAAGCAUUGGAGUUUCGACCAACGGAAGGUGUAAGCAAAGAUCUUUUUGGACAUUUUCCCGCGUAUGAUGAUAAAAAAGAAGCAACACGAUGCAAAAAUAAAAAAUGUACAGUUAAUAUAAUAUUAUCUAAGUAA